ACACAUCCUUAUGAACUAUGCGACAUACUAAGAUGGGUGAACUCUCAGACUGUAUAAACUGAUAGGAGCACAGUGAACGCGUUCUCGGACGUGGACCGAGUUAAGAUGGCUGCAAUAAUUGUGUAAACGCAGAGAAAUCUUUUCUCUUCAUCUUGAGCGCAAAAUUACACGCUUUACGUUGUUAUUUUGAGUCGCUCAAGUUGUUGGGCGACAAACGUCUCUUGAAUUUUGACUAGUCGUUUUGCGCGUAUGUUGUGUGAGUCAAAAUGAUCGAGGAAACUCAACAAUCUGAGAAUUCUGUACAAAACGACAGCUGUUCUGUGCAAAACGAUGUACAGAUCAAUUCAUUGGAUGUUGGAAAAACCAAAGAUAACAAAAAGGAAAAAUGUCGUCCCAUGACAAAGGUGGUGAUCAGAAGACUCCCUCCUUCGAUGACUCAAGAUCAAUUUUUAGAACAAGUCUCCCCCCUGCCGGAUCACGAUUAUUUGUACUUUGUGAAGGCCGACAUGUCUCUCGGCCAAUUUGCAUAUUCGCGCGCUUACAUUAAUUUCGUGGAGCAACAAGAUAUCUUCAUGUUUCGGGAGAAGUUUGACAAUUAUGUCUUCGUAGAUUCCAAAGGGAUGGAAUACCCCGCCGUGGUGGAGUUUGCGCCCUUCCAAAGAUUACCAAAGAAACGAGCAGGCAAAAAGAAGGAUCUCAAAUGCGGCACUAUCGAGAGUGAUUCCUAUUACAUAAGUUUCUUAGAGAGCUUAAAAAAUCAGGAGAUUGAUCCUAGUGUAGCUCAAUCGAAAACCGAAUACUCCUACCAGCCACCAGACAAUACAGUGAAGAAAAUCAUGACAACUCCGCUGCUUGAAUAUUUGAAAAUUCGCAAGCAGGAGAAACAACGUCUUAAGGAUGAGAAGCGCGAGGAACGGCGGAGGAGAGACAUAGAAAGACGAAGAACGAAAGACGAUCCCAUCGUUUCUAAGCACGUAAAUAGCGUUGAAGGUAAUCUAUCGUCCAACUUUGUCAUAUCUCGCCCGGCAAAUGUCAAAUUCGAAGAUACGUUCUUUCAAUGCUUUGUCGAAAACGCUAGUGCACGUAAAUGCAGAAAGGAGAUUCUCUUCAAUAGAUUUAUAUGUGAGCGAGCGCAAGAGAAAAUAUGUAAAACUCAUCAGAGGUUUUACGAGCACAUCAAAAAGGCAAAACCGAUUAGAAAUAUGUUCGAUGUCAAGAAACAAUAUUUAAAUGGCGGCAAACAAGUCAGCUGCAAAACUUAUCUCUGUUUCCACAAAGGCGAUCAUGUUCUAAGGAAUCCGGAUCUGGAUAAGGAGUCGAGAGAUGACAAAGAAAACAAAGACGAGAGAGACAAGAUGCCAUUAAAGGAGCUGAAGAAUAGAAACAAAAGAGACGACAAAAUCAGAGAGAAACUGUCGCGCGAUCGAGAAACUAAACCCAUCAUUAAAGGAUACAGAGAGCGAGUUGACGACAGAAAUAAAGAUAGAGAUAUCAAGCAGCGACGGUACGACGAAAAGAAGCCUUACGGAAGGCGCGACGAAAGAGACAGCAUGAGAGAGGAGAGAAGGAAUGAUUUUAAGGACGACAGGAGAUACGAGGCGAAGGAAGAGUUCAGGGAAUCGCGAGACAGAAAGAUGGAAGAGAGACGCGGGAAAAGUUAUGAAAAAAUGAGGCAGGAGAAGAAGAAACUGGCGGAAACGAAGAAACAGAUCGCUGACGUGAACGGGGACGAUACGAGUCCGAAGAAGGUGAAGGAGGAGCAGGAUACCGCGCAGGAGAGGGAAGACGGCGGCAAGGAAUCUGUACAUAACGAUGACGACUCGAAACACGCCAAAGACAACGAAUGCACGCAACGCAAUACUGCCGAGGAUAGAGUGACAGCGACACAAGACUGCGGGGAUAACGCGGAAGAGGGAAUCAUUUCACUCAGUGCAGGUGCAAAUGAGGACGACGAAUGCGAGGAGAAAUCAAAAGUUGUGAAGAGACGUAGCUCGCUUGAAAGCAGCGGUGAAGGCGGCGCAGGUGACGGGAGCUGCUUGCGCCGUCAUAAAUCGUUGGACGGAGGAGGCCCGAGCAAUUUACAAAAGAACGAGAUUGAAGAAAAAGAGAAAGACAAGAAGGAUCCGCGAAUGGAACGCAGGAUACGAAAUAAGGAUCGCCCGGCAAUGGAGAUUUACAGACCUGGCAUGGGUAAAUUCAGCAAGCAACGACUGGAACGCGAAAAAUCCAACAACGACGAACGAGCGUCUCUUUCACAGAGCCCUACGCCGAAUGCUGGCACUUCUUCCGCGCCUGGCAAACCCGGGAAACCCGGAGCGACGGAAGUGCGCUCGAUGACGUUCAAACGCAGCGUCUCCCGCGAUGUAGCAUAACGAACUUUUGUACACUCUCAUCACGCGAGUACAUAUUCCACCGACAAUUUAUGUGAACUUACGAUUCUAAGGAAAUAAAUUUUUUUAAUUCUACAACGUCA